ACCAGUGACUUGGGACUGAUUCGAAUUUUUCAAGUGCUCGAAAAUUUUUUCUAUGACGUGUCCGGAGGAACGUGUGUGAGACGCAUGCGCACUGUCACCUUACGUGGCAUCUGUAAGAAUCGCUGUCUCAGUGAGAUACAUUCUCUCGUUUUAGUGUAAACAUUUGUCAAUAUUUAGGAUAUCGGUUAUGAUUUAAAUAACGAAAUUAAUCGAUCAGUGAGAACACAACACAAUGAAUCAGCAGUACAUGCAUCAGGCGCACCAGCAGCCGCCUCAGCCUCAUCCACAAGCUCCACAUUAUGGAGGUCCUCCAGGCAAUUCUGCGUAUGAAGGGCUGAACGCCAAUGUUCCUCCGAAUAUGAUGAAACCUCCUGUGAAUUCUCAGCACUAUCAAUUACCCAAGAACCAGCCAGGACCACCACCAGGAAGCAUGCCACCAGGAGCCAAUCCAUACUAUAAUUACAAUGCUCAAGUCAACAAUCAGCAGGCACCUCCAUCCAGCUCUCUCCAUGGACCACCACCAUCGGUCAAUCAGGAUAAUUUGACUAAUGAAAUGGCUAACAUGGGGCUGAAUAAUCCCCCAUCGGCCUUUCCCCCGCCGCCGCCAACGAACACUGCCCCUCCCCCCUCGAACAUGAAUGGUUUUUCCUCGUCAGAUCACUCCCCCUCAGGUCCCUCAGAUCCUCACCUCCCACCGGCAGCCUCCACCCAACCCCAGAGUCUUCCGCCGAAUCAAAACACCCCAUCCAACAUGAACAGAUACCCAAUCGAACCCCCCCAAAUGAUACAAAAGCCUCCUGGACCCCCAAUGGCCUAUCCACCUACCCAACAGAGACCAAUGCCGGGUCAACAGCCCCCAGCUGCGCUCCCCCCUCCAAAUGCCCUGAUGCCAGGUGCUCCUCAUCCCCAGACAUUCCCAGGUACUCGAUUACCUCCAGGACCCCCAGGAAACCCAGCCCUUUCUGCCCCCCCACCUCACAACUUGGGAGGCCCACCCCUUACACAACCCCCCUACAACGCCUACCCGCCCCAGGGCCCUCCUCAGGGUCAGCAAAACCAUCAGAAUCUUCAGAGGCAGAUGAUGUCAGGUCCUCCUAUGGCCUCCAGUGGACUCCAACAACCCCAGAUGCCUCCCAUGCCCCAAAUGCGUCAACCUCCAGGUGCAAUGCCUGGUCCAAUGCCCGGUUACCAACCCCCAGAUCCCUACAGUGGCCAGCGCAGUCCCUUCCACCCUCAAGGCCUCAACAUGUCAGGACCCACUCCAGGGUACCAGCCCGGUGUCCAGCCCCAACAGGCAAAACGUCUCGACCCUGAAUCCAUGCCCAGUCCUAUCCAAGUAAUGCAGGACGAUCAACGAACCCGCGGAGGUGUAUUCAUCACGAAUCAGAAAGGCCUCGCACCUCCCUUUGUCACGACAAAAUUCGUCGUUCAAGAUCAGGGCAACGCAUCCCCCAGAUUCAUCAGAUCCACCAUCUACACAGUUCCAACGACAACUGACAUAAUGAAACAAACUGGAGUGCCUUUUGGACUGAUUGUCAGUCCCAUGGCCCAGGUGAUCGAGGAGGAGCAGGAGCCACCAAUUGUCGAUAUGGGUGAAGUCGGGCCUGUGAGGUGCAUCAGAUGUAAGGCCUAUAUGGGCCCCUUCAUGCAGUUCAUCGACGCUGGACGAAGAUUCCAAUGCGCCUUCUGCAAAGCCACCACCGAAGUUCCAUCAGAAUACUUCCAGCAUCUUGAUCACACUGGUCAGCGAAUGGAUCGUUACGAAAGACCGGAACUGAUGCUGGGAACUUACGAGUUUAUCGCUACUAAGGAGUACUGCAGAAACACAACCUUUCCGAAGCCACCAGCCAUAGUGUUCGUCAUCGAUGUGUCCUAUAAUAACGUUAAAUCAGGAUUAGUUGAUCUUCUGUGCAGUGAACUCAAGAACAUCAUAAAACAUCUUCCCAAGGAUCGUUUUCAGGAGAAAACUCUCAUGAAAGUAGGAUUCAUCACCUACUCGAAUACUGUACAUUUCUACAAUAUCAGCCCCAAUUUAACCCAACCACAGAUGAUGGUCGUGGGAGACGUGCAGGAUGUAUUUAUGCCAUUGUUGGAUGGAUUCUUAGGAGAUCCUGAGGAGAGUGAAGCUGUUAUUGAUGCCUUAUUGGCACAAAUUCCCGUUAUGUUUGCUGAUACUCGCGAAACAGAGACGAUACUGGCACCGGCGAUUCAGGCGGGCUUGGAGGCAUUGAGAGCCUCUGAUUGUCCAGGUAAACUGAUGGUGUUUCAUUCGUCUCUGCCCAUUGCAGAAGCCCCUGGCAAACUGAAGAACAGGGAUGACAGAAAGCUGCUUGGAGGGGACAAGGAGAAGACUGUCUUGGCUCCUCAGAGCACUGUUUACAAUCACCUGGGACAGGAGUGCGUUGGGGUUGGCUGCAGUGUCGAUCUCUUCGUCUUCAAUAAUUCUUACGUCGAUCUUGCCACCAUUGGACAAGUAUCCAGAUUGACUGGGGGUGAGGUUUAUAAAUACACGUAUUUCCAGGCUGACAGUGAUGGUAAUCGUCUUGUUAUGGAUAUUAUUAAUAAUAUUAGUAGACCAAUUGCGUUUGACGCUGUAAUGAGGGUCAGAACGUCCACUGGGGUCAGACCCACGGAUUUCUAUGGACACUUCUACAUGUCGAAUACUACGGAUAUGGAAUUGGCUAGCAUUGAUUGUCAUAAAGCUGUUGCGGUCGAGGUCAAGCAUGAUGAUAAGUUGUCUGAUGAAGAAGGAGUUUAUGUUCAAGUCGCGCUACUCUACACGUCGUGUGGAGGUGUACGUCGAUUGAGAAUUAUUAAUCUCAGUCUCAAGACUUCAUCACAGAUGGCCGAGUUGUACAGAGCUUGUGAUCCUGAUGCUGUUGUCAAUUUCUUUGCUAAACAAAGUGUCUUUAAGCUCAUUGAAUCCACACCUAAGGCUGUCAAGGACAAUUUGAUAAGCAAGUGUGCCACUAUUUUGGCUGCGUACAGGAAACACUGUGCCUCGCCCUUCAGUGCCAGUCAGCUUGUUCUACCAGAAUGCAUGAAACUCCUUCCUCUUUAUGUCAAUUGUCUGCUUAAGAGCGAUGCUAUCUCUGGGGGAGCUGAUAUGACAAUCGAUGACAGAACUUUCGUCAUGAUGGCCGUUGCUACCAUGCCUCUUUAUACGUCCGUUAAUUACUUCUAUCCGAGGCUGCUCCCACUGCACGAUAUCGAUCCACAGGCCAAUGAACUACCACAGCAGCUCAGGUGUUCCAUUGAUAAGUUUUCUGAGGAUGGAGCUUAUUUACUAGAGAAUGGGAUUCACAUGUUCCUCUGGCUGGGUCUUGCACUGUCCCCAGAGUGGACUCAGGCAGUUUUCGGUGCACCGGUAGUUGACACUGAGCGUACCUCACUUCCUGUCUUGGAUAAUCAACUCAACAUACGUAUAAGAGAUAUAAUUGCCCGUGUUCGUGCCGAAAGACAUCAUUGCAUGAGGUUGACAAUUGUACGCCAGAGGGAUAAACUGGAAAUGGUUCUUCGUCACUUUUUGGUGGAAGACCGAGGCAAUGACAACAGCCAGAGCUACGUCGAUUUCCUCUGUCAUAUGCACAAAGAGAUCAAGACACUCCUUAGUAAUUAAAAUUAUUAUAUCCCAUGGCAAUAUGUCGGAAAAUCACGGAUUUAAAUUAACAAGAAGUUCUGGACACUAACAACUGGAGAGUGAACGAGGAUAGACUGGUGUCUAAUCAAUUCCAUUCGGAGUGAAUUAACCCUGGAGAUAUCUAUAAUCCAAAAAUGAAAAAGAAAACCGGAGAAAAAAAUCUGUAUUAUCUUUACAAUUUUACUUUAAAUUAGUUUUUUUUGUUAUUUUAUUCCGUACGGAGGAGAAGCAAGUGCGAUAAAUUAAUUAAGAAAUGCAACGCAAACUAUGUAAAAAAAUAAAAAUGAAAAUAUAUAUCUAUAUAUAUAUACAGA